CAACACGAAACACUGGUUGUUUAAAUGAUUUAGCAGUUUGUCCAUUAUGUUUUCAGAAGUUUCACAAGCCAAGGAUGUUGCCUUGUUUCCAUACUUUUUGUCAUCAUUGUUUAGACGGUCUCAUCAAAUCGUCUUGCAGUGGUCAAAUCUCACUGGGAUUUACAUGUCCUCUUUGUCGAGAGUUCAUUGCAGCUCCAGGGUCAGUAGGCCAGUGGCCUCCAGAUAAAUGGACCGAAUUAUUUCCGUUAAAUAAAUUCAUAGAGUACUUGACUGAAAAAUGCUUAGGUUUGUCGACAAUUAAUUGUGACGCAUGUGUCGAAGAUGGAGAAGACGUGGUAGCGACAAACUGGUGUAAAGAUUGUAGGAGAUCUUUCUGUGAAAACUGUACAAAAGUGCAUAAGAAGUUUUCCACUGUAUGUGAUCAUGAAACAUUGUCUUUAGGUGAAAUCACGUCUGCCACUAAGCCAGUUGAUGUUGUUUCAAAGUUCUGCAGGGUACAUAAACAAAAUAAAUCGGAGCUUUUUUGCCGAGACCAUCAAGUACCCUCUUGUGCCCUGUGUGUUCCUAUGUUGCAUAGAACCUGUGACCACAUAGGUUCAAUACAGGAACAAGUGAUUAAUUCUGAUAAAACAAAUAUCCGUGCAAGGGGACUUAUGAAAAAAAUGAAGGCAUUUUGUCUUUUAUUUGAAAAUAUCAUUGAGGAGGAGAAAAUGAAUGUUGCAAAAAUUGAUGAAAAAACUGAUUUGUACACUGAUAUGAUCAGAAGUGUUUAUGAAAGGUCAAUACAGUAUUUAAAGAAACUACAGGAAACACAGCUGAACCAAAUAGCAAAAAUGUCAAAAGAUAGUAAAGCAAAGCUAGAAGCUACUAUCCUUGGUCAUGAAAAUAUGAAGGCCUAUAUACAGCACUCUUUGAAAUUGAUCAGUGACACAUUAGAACAUGGAGAUGAUGUUGAUCUUCUAAUACAGUAUUCUGUAGUAAGAGAAAAACUCAAAGAAAUAAGAAAACUUGACCUGAAAACUGUAAAGAUAGAUUUAAAGGCAACGCCCAUUGAUAGAAUUGAAAAUCUAAAAGAGCUUUUAAGCCUAGAAAUGGAUGAAAUGAGUAUAAACAUUCCAGAAACUAUUGACAUAGCUCAAUCUCAAUUGUGUGUUAUCGAUCAAUUUACAGUAAUGAAUUCAGAUAUCAGAGGAGGUGCCUUUUUAUCCGAUGGACGCUUACUCUUGAUUGAUCAUAAACUGCACCGCUGCCUCAUUUACACUGAAACGGGUGUUUUGGACAAGGAAGCUAAGUUUUCGAGUGCACCAUGGGAAGUUUAUGUAUACUUAGAUCUUCUUUAUAUCACAUUCCCUGAUACUAGGGAAGUCAAAAUGGUAAGACUCGACAAUUUAUCUGAAAUUAAGACAUUUCCAGUAAAUUGUACAUGCAGAGGUAUAACGAAAAUGGAGAAUAAAGUAAUAUUAGCGGGAAAAAGAAUCAUGGAGACCUGUAAUGGAGAUUUUGAACAUCUUGAAGAAACAAAAGUAGAUGCAAACACGGAUGACUUAGCUGCAGAUUUAAAUGGGAAUCUUAUAUAUUCGUGUUAUUCAAAAAAUACAGUAACGAAAAAAAGCAACAUGAACACCACAAAAUUUACUUACAGACACCCCUGUUUACGUGCAGCAUAUGGCCUGGCUGUUGAUGAUACGGGAAAUGUCUACGUGUGUGGUUAUGAAAGCAACAAUAUUCAUAUAAUAUCGGCGGAUGGAAAUACCUUAAAGAUUUUGCAGGGAUUCAAAGAACCUCAAUGUGUAAAAUUUAAAGAUAACAGUGUCAAAUUUUUUGUUGUGGAAGAAAAACUAAAAGUGAUAAUUUGUGAAUUGAAGUAA